CUGUUUCCAACACACUAUCACAAGCCACAAAUAACUCACAUUUUCAUGGCACUAAUUUCAAACUCUUCAAAUUCAUUGUACAACUUUGUUGUCAAAGAUGGCAAUGGAGUGAAAGGUUUAGUUGAUUCAGGUUUAUCACAAGUUCCAAAAUUGUACAUACAACCCUUAAAUGAAAGAAUCAACAAAGUAGAUUCAAAACCAUGUGAUAUGCCACCAAUUGAUUUAUCAAAGCUGAAUGGACCAGAACAUGAAAAAGUUGUGGAUGAGAUUGUUAGAGCAGCUGAGACUCUUGGAUUCUUUCAAGUAGUGAACCAUUGUGUUCCUUUGGAGUUGUUGGAAUCACUUAAAGAUUCUGCACACACAUUUUUCAACUUGCCACCAAAGGAGAAAGUUGUUUAUAGAAAAAGUGUGAGUCCAAGUUUGAAGAUGAGAUAUGAGACUAGUUUUGCUCCUGAGACAGAAAAUGUGUUGGAAUGGAAAGACUAUAUUAAUAUGGUAUAUAGUAAUGAUGAUGAUGCUCUUCAAUAUUGGCCUAGUCAAUGCAAGGAAGUUGCACUUGAAUAUUUGAAGUUAUCAUCCAAGAUAGUAAGAGAAAUGUUGGAAAUAUUAAUAGGUAAACUAGGAGUGGAAGUAGAUGAAUCAAAAAUCGAGGAUAUUUUUGGUUUAAAAAUGGUUAACAUGAAUUACUACCCAGCAUGCCCAAAUCCAGAACUUACUGUGGGUGUAGGGCGUCACUCAGACAUGGGGACUCUCACAGUGUUGCUCCAAGAUGGAAUUGGUGGCUUAUAUGUCAAAACAGAGGAAGAUAAUGCUCAUGGAAAUGGAGAAUGGCUUCAAAUUUUACCAAUUCAUGGUGCUCUUGUCAUCAAUGUUGGUGAUGCUUUACAGAUACUAAGCAAUGGGAAGUAUAAGAGUUCUGAACACAGAGUAAUGACACCAUCCACCCAAUCGAGAGUAUCUGUUCCACUCUUCACUCUACCUAUACCUACACUGAGGAUUGGUCCAUUUCCAGAAUUGGUGAAGAAAGAUGGAUUUGCUUUUUAUAGGGAACUCCUAUGGCAGGAUUACAUGGAUCACUUCUUUGGCAAUCCUCAUGAAGGAAAGAAGAAUCUUGAUUUUGCAAAGAUCAGUUUUUCUUAAUUUUAUCAAAGAUUAAAAAUCAAGAAUUAUGUUUCCUUUCUCAUUUCAUUUUACAAGAACAAAACAUUCAUUGUAGUAUAAUAGUAAAUACACAUUAGGAAGGGUAGCUAUCUAUAUAAUGUAUCUGAUUGUACUUUGCAUGUAAAUUAAAAAUUAAAUAAUAUGAAUUUGCUGUAAGAUUUAUGGGUCA